UGUUUUACCCAAGAGAAAAUGAGUCUGCCCGAGACCUGACCGCCUUGAUUCUGGAAAUUCAGCCCACCCACCAGCUUAUUUCACACUAAAAUCAGACCAUAGCUCUCUCUGCUAAAUUCCGGCCAAAAUGAUGCCGCCGGAGCUCCAGUCGCGCUCCUUCCGUCCCUACAUAUCGUCCUCCGUUAGUGCCCCUACCUUCUCCUCAUUCGGCACCCCCACUAAUGCCUCCUCUUACUCCGAAAACCCUAACCCUCACGGUAACUGCACCGGCGACGUCACUUCUUCCUCCUCGCGAUCUCUCAAAAAUUCCCGAUUCUCUCCAUCCUCCUUUGCUCACAAUCUUCGAAUCGCUGUCGCCCUCGUCCCUUGCGCUGCUUUCCUUCUCGAUCUGGGGGGAACUCCGGUAGUUGCUACCCUUACCCUAGGGCUCAUGAUCUCUUACAUAGUGGAUUCUCUCAACCUGAAGCUCGGGGCAUUUAUCGGUGUCUGGUUCUCUUUGAUCGCCGCGCAGAUCGCCUUUUUCUUUAGCGCUUCGUUAUUCGUCUCCUUCAACUCCCUCCCUCUUGGCGCCCUGGCAGCCUUUCUCUGUGCCAAGACCAAUUUCUUAAUCGGUGUCUGGGCUUCUCUUCAGUUCAAAUGGAUUCAAAUCGAGAACCCUUCCAUUGUUCUCGCUCUUGAACGCCUCUUGUUUGCCUGCGUCCCAUUAGCUGCAUCUACGCUUUUCACGUGGGCCACCAUCUCUGCCGUCGGUAUGGACAAUGCCGCUUACUAUCUCAUGGCGUUUAAUUGCGUGUUCUAUUGGCUUUUCUUGAUCCCUCGGGUUUCCUCUUUUAAAGCUAAGCAGGAAGUCAAGUAUCAUGGCGGAGAGGUUCCUGAUGAUAACUUAAUCCUUGGCCCGCUGGAAAGUUGUAUCCACUCUUUGAAUUUGAUGUUUUUCCCUUUGCUCUUUCACGUUGCCUCUCGUUACUCGGUCAUAUUUUCUUCGGCUGCUUCCAUUUGUGAUUUGUUGCUUUUGUUCUUCAUUCCGUUCUUGUUCCAACUUUAUGCAUCCACGAGGGGUGCACUUUGGUGGGUUACUAAAAACGCACAUCAAAUGCAGAGCAUUCGUAUCGUCAAUGGUGCCAUUGCUUUAGUUGUUGUGGUGAUCUGUUUGGAGAUUAGAGUUGUCUUCCAUUCCUUUGUGCGGUACAUUCAAGUUCCACCUCCUUUGAAUUAUCUACUUGUGACCAUGGCGAUGCUUGGAGGGGCUGCCGGGGCUGGUGCUUAUGCCCUUGGUAUUGUCUCUGAUGCCCUUUCGUCCGCAGCUUUCUCUGCUUUGGCUGUUGUUGUCAGUGCUGCUGGAGCAAUCGUUGUGGGAUUUCCAAUAUUGUUCAUUCCGCUGCCUUCAGUAGCUGGAUUUUAUUUGGCUCGUUUUUUUACAAAGAAGAGCCUACUUUCGUACUUUGCAUUUGUUGCGCUUGGAAGCUUGAUGGUCACAUGGUUUGUGAUGCAUAAUUUCUGGGAUCUAAACAUAUGGCUGGCAGGCAUGUCCCUGAAAUCUUUCUGUAAACUUAUUGUCGCAGAUGUUAUUUUAGCAAUGGCUGUUCCUGGUUUAGCUCUGCUACCACCAAGACUUAAUUUUUUCACUGAAGUUGCUCUGAUCAGUCACUCGUUGCUGCUAUGCUAUAUUGAGAAUCGAUUUUUUAAUUACUCAAGCAUAUACUUCUACGGAUUGGACGAUGAAGUGAUGUAUCCAAGCUACAUGGUCAUAUUGACAACUUUUGUUGGGUUGGCUUUAAUAAGAAGGCUUUCUGUUGAUCAUAGGAUUGGACAAAAGACAAUCUGGAUUUUAACUUGUCUCUAUUCGUCGAAGCUGGCCAUGUUGUUUAUCAGUUCAAAAUCCGUUGUAUGGGUGUCGGCAGUCCUUCUGAUGGCUGUUUCUCCUCCAUUGCUUCUUUACAAGGAAAAGUCAAGGACAGCCUCUAAGAUGAAAGCUUGGCAAGGCUAUGUGCAUGCUGGUGUGGUUGCCUUAUCUGUCUGGUUUUUCCGUGAAACAAUUUUUGAAGCACUACAGUGGUGGAAUGGGAGACCUCCAUCUGAUGGUGUACUUUUGGGUUUCUGUAUUCUUUUGACUGGUUUAGCCUGUGUUCCAAUUGUUGCCCUGCAUUUUUCACAUGUCAUGUCUGCUAAGAGAUGCCUAGUAUUGGUGGUAGCUACGGGACUCCUGUUUAUUCUAAUGCAGCCACCAAUCCCGUUGACAUGGACUUACCGAUCUGACCUUAUCAGAGCUGCUCGUCAAUCAGUUGAUGACAUCUCCAUAUAUGGUUUCAUGGCGUUGAAGCCUUCGUGGCCCUCUUGGCUACUUAUUGUGGCAAUUCUGCUCACUCUAGCGGCUGUUACGUCUAUCAUACCCAUUAAGUACAUUGCAGAGCUAAGAGCAUGUUACUCCAUUGCUAUGGGGGUUUCCCUUGGCAUUUAUAUAUCUGCAGAAUUCUUCCUUCAGGAUACCAUCUUGCAUGCCCUAAUAAUUGUAACCAUGGUCUGUGCCUCAGUUUUUGUUGUCUUUACUCAUUUUCCUUCAGCCUCAAGCACAAAGUUUCUACCAUGGGUGUUUGCUCUUCUUGUGGCUCUCUUUCCUGUGGCAUAUCUGCUGGAAGGUCAGGUAAGAAUCAAAAGCAUCCAUGGAGAUAAUGGAGUUGGGGACAUGGGAGAGGAAGACAGGAAGCUCACAACUCUACUUGCUGUUGAGGGUGCGAGGACCUCUCUUCUUGGUUUAUAUGCUGCAGUCUUUAUGCUUAUAGCUUUGGAGAUAAAGUUUGAAUUGGCCUCACUUAUGCGAGAAAAGGCUUUUGAAAGAGGUGGAGUCAGACAUAACCAGUCUGGUAAUGGUAGUAGUGCUAGUUUUCCUCCACGGAUGAGGUUCAUGAAUCAGCGUCGUGCCUCCACUGUGCCAAGUUUCACAAUUAAGAGGAUGUCUGCUGAGGGAGCCUGGAUGCCGGCUGUUGGCAAUGUUGCUACUAUCAUGUGCUUUGCUAUAUGCCUAAUCUUGAACAUCUAUCUUACUGGAGGCUCAAACCAGGCAAUAUUCUUCCUCGCUCCUAUUUUGCUACUCCUUAACCAGGACUCUGAUUUUGUUGCUGGGUUUGGGGAUAAGCAGAGGUAUUUUCCUGUAACAGUAGCCAUAUCAGCUUAUUUGGUGUUGUCUACUCUGUAUAGCAUAUGGGAAGAUGUUUGGCACGGGAAUGCAGGAUGGGGCAUUGAAAUUGGUGGUCCUGAUUGGUUCUUCGCGGUCAAGAAUUUGGCCCUCUUGAUUCUUACAUUCCCUAGCCAUAUCCUUUGCAACAGGUUUGUAUGGACUUAUGCAAAAAAGACAGACACAACACCAAUUCUGACCUUGCCUCUUAAUCUGCCGUCGGUUAUAAUAUCAGAUGUGUUUCAGAUUAGGCUAUUGGGGUUCUUAGGAAUUAUUUAUUCCAUUGCCCAGUAUGUGAUCUCUAGACAGCAAUACAUCUCUGGAUUGAAGUAUAUUUAGAGAAUUAGCAACUGUACUAUAUGUGUUCCCCAGUGAUCAAAAUGAGGUGUGAAAGUUCACAUUGGUUUUCUCCUUUUUUAAAAUUUCUCACAUUUUAUAAGGCAUUUUACGUCGGGUACACUAAACUGUAUUUGAGGUUUAUCAGUAAGCCUUGUAGUGAGAAUCAUGAAAAUAUGAAGAGCCAGAUUAGGGAGUUUUGCAGGUGAAUUUUUUCUGUUUUGUGUUAAAUAUCUGGGCUUCGAACUUGAUCUUGAUGGGGCGGAAAUGUGUGUCGGUGAAGUAGAAAGAUUAGACAGCAAGCAAACAUUCAUUAUUUCCAUUCAUGCUUUGUUGCAGGUCUAACGAACUGAUAUGUUAUAAGGACUUGUUUUGUGUGAA